CGGCUCCAGCGCCGGACCGCGGGAACGUUAACGCCUUCCAAUGGAGAUAAAAGCAGUUGUCAGAAGAUAUGAAACAAGAAAUAAGACAGCAGGAGCAGAACUGUCAUCCAAAUCCCGAGUUGAUUGGAGACGCACUAAAAGGGAGCUCAUACUACUUGACAGCAAUGACGAAUCCUCAUGUACCUCUGAGGAGGAAGAGCCUACUGCAUCAGAAGAUGAAGUAGAUGAAAAAGAUGAAACUGUUGUGAAGAACAGCCUUUCAGAUCAGGAAGAGAAAAGCCAUGAUGGGGAAGUAACAGAAGAUGGUGAGGAUGAGUGCAUCAUGCCUGGGAAGCGUAAAAGGUUGAACACCUCUGUCUUGUAUGACAGUGAUGAAAGUGAGGACAGUGAUAUACUUGUUCGAAAAGUUUUUGCUAAACGCCACUGUAUAAUGGAUGAUGAUGAGAGUUCUGAAGAACAGCAACCUGAUAAAACCUGCCCUACAGAAAAUGUUUCUACUAAUAGGAAACAUAAAGUGUUUGCAAAAUUGAAAGAACUUGCAAGACAAAGAGCAACUCGGACAUCCUGCAGCAGUGAAGAUUGUGAGGAUUCUAAUGGUGAAGCAGAAAUAGAAGAGGAACCACUGUCUCACUUGGCCCUCACACCAACAGAAGGUAGUGAAACAGAAGGUAGUGACAGUGACAGCAUGAAAGAUUUUAUAGUAGAGGAAAAGGAAGAUGACGGUGACAACAUAGAGCACACAAAGAGUGAAAAACGGCCACAACAGAAGGAACUAAUUGCAUCAAAUAGCGAGUUGCUGGCAUACUACGUCCCACACUUAUCUCGCUGUGAUCAUUAUGUACACUUCAAAAGAAUAGUAAAGGCUUUCCUCAUAAAUGCAAUUGAUGACACUUUUCUGAGCUCAUUAUAUGAUGGAACAAGACAAAAGAAGUAUGCACAAGAUAUGUUGCUCUCACUUCAUUAUUUGGAUGACCGCUUCAUUCAGCCUCGUCUUGAGAACUUAAUCUCUAGAAGUCGCUGGAAAGAUCGAUACAAGGAGCGUGUGGAUUGUUACCCAGAUGUUCGCAUAAUCUUGAAAAAUCCAGAAAAUAUGUCUUGUCAGGCCUGUGAAUUGAAUCGAUAUUGUAAGUUUAAUGUGCUGCUCUCUGGAAAGCUUUAUAAUAGUAGAACUUUGGAAGCAGAUGACUUCAUGUCAGAUGACAAGCAGGUUUUGAAGGUUGGUGUGGUGUGUGCAGAUCGUACAAGAGUUUAUCAUAAUUUGAAGCACUUCAAAUACAAGUUGUAUGUGGAUUGCAGCUCCAUUACCAAGUUGGAUGGUGUUGAGGAUGAACCAGUCAAAGACACAGUCGAACGGCUUUUCAGCCACUUGGAAGACAGUGGGUGGAUUCGGAAGAGAUACAAUGAUCUUGAAGACUACAUGAAUGAUGCAGAUAGUUUCCAAGAAGAGAAAAUGGAUUAAGUGGUCAUAUAGCUCUUUGAAAGACAUCUUGUAAAAAUUUGAAUGGCCUGCUUUACCUGCAUGCACUUUAUCUCUGCUUGGUCUUCAAGAUUCUUUUUAGGCUAUGUUAUACUUAAAUCCAUAUGCCCUUAAACUACUGUUUGAGAAUGUGCUGUAUCUUUUUUUCUCAUCUGUGUCAAUAAUAGCCCAAAGUUUUACCAAGUCAGUCCUUCCAGUCUUACUGCAUAGGUCACUUUAAGUUUCCUUCUGUUAUUAAAAAUAACAUCACAAUAUCUGUUUACUUGUGAAAUAAAGCCCACCUGUUUAUAUUGAGCUGCAUCAUAGGAAAGGUGGGAGAUACUGAGACCUUUUGAAGUAGGUAUAUUUGGAAUGGUAAGGCUGUGUUAUACAGGAACAUAUGACUUGCAUCUUACCUUGUUUGUUAUAUGCAAGUAGGUCCAACCAUUUAGAAUGAUAGUUACAAUAAACAGGACCCAA